UCGCGCCUCCGCGACAACAUCGUAGAUGCCCCCUCCUCAGUGUCGGACGGUGUAUCGCGACUACGACGCGCGGAACGACACGAAACACCACGAGCGGCGGCGACUAACCAAUGCGGGCGAAAGAGGCGAACGCAAAGGUGACGGCGACGGCGGCGGCCGCCGAAGCGACACGGUGGUCGUUGUCGGUUCGCGCUACGCCGACACUUUUGCCGGGUGCGAGCGACCCGGCCAACGACGUGUCAACUGGCGCAGGGUGCCCUCUCGCGACUCCCACCACGACCCUGCACCACCGUCGAGGGAGUUCUCGUGCGCCACUUCGUCCUGUUACCUCUUCAACGGCGUUGUUAAAGAGGUAUGGAUGCCACCGGGUGGCCGCCUCUUUGGAAAUUGCGAGCUUAACGUCGUUUCCACGUUUGACGUAAGAAUAAAAUACUGGGGCGAGAAAGUAGAUUACACCUAGGAUUGCCAGACUCCAAUUUAGUAAAAUUUUUUCUCCGGAGGACGCUACUUGUCCUCCAAUUUCGGGAUAUAUCGAAAUGUAUUAAUAAUUACGGCUGCAAUAUUUAUUUAUUUAUUUUAAUUCAUCUGCCUAUUCGAUUUCCUUUUUUAAAAUUGUGUCCUCCAUUCGGGAUUUUCAAUUCUGGCAAUC